AUGACGAGUACCUUCAAGAUGAUCAAUUCGCCGACAACGGUAGUGGAUGAGAUGUUGCGUGGCUUGGUGCACUCGUCCCCAGACCUGUGUCUUGUCUCUGAAUACAGAGUCGUGCUGCAUCGCGAUUUCAAUGACAUUAAACAACGACAAGUGACACUACUGUCAGGAGGUGGAAGCGGCCACGAACCUGCUCAUGCUGGUUACAUCGGUCACGGCAUGUUGACGGGUGUCAUCUGCGGCGACGUGUUUGCGUCUCCUAGCACCAGCCAAGUGCUGACUGCAAUUCGCCUGGCAGCUGGCACCCAAGGUUGCCUGAUCAUCGUCAAGAACUACACGGGCGAUCGACUCAACUUUGGGCUAGCCAUAGAAACGGCCAAGGCAGAAGGAAUUAAGGUCGACAUGGUUGUUAUUGGCGACGACCUGGCCAUUCCAAAUGCCAAGGCCGGUCGCCGCGGGCUUGCGGGCACAGUGUUCGUGCACAAAGUUGCCGGCGCGAUGGCAGCCCAGGGGUUUCCAUUGGACAAAAUUGCAGAACAAGUGCAACAUCUUGUCAUUGGAACGAUGGGAGUAGCUUGGAAGUCGUGCACAUUACCUGGCCAAACCUCCAGUCGUCACAUUCAACCCCACGAAAUGGAACUUGGGUUGGGCAUUCACGGUGAACCCGGAGCGAAAACAAUUGGUCAAUUGCCAUCGCAAGCCACCGUUGCUGAGCUCAUGACGACGAUUCAGAACGGCAUUCAGGUCGCACGAAAGGAUCGCGUUGUGGUUAUGGUCAACAACUUGGGCUCCAUGACAUCGAUGGAGCUGCAACUCAUCGUGAAUGACGUACGGCAGUCUUGCGCCAAACAUGAUGUUGUCGUCGAGCGAGUUGCCGUCGGAUCGUUCAUGACGGCGUUAGACAUGGCUGGUUUUUCGCUGACGCUGUGGAAACUGAGCCCUCAACAUUCGACGCAACAACUCGAGUGGUUGGACGCAUCUGUGACUGCACCAGCUUGGCCUGUGCGCUUGGGUCGCUUUGUCGACAAUAACGUUGUGAAUUUUGCAGCCGUGAUACCACCGAGCAUUCAAUCUACGUCGACGUUGACUGCGGCGGGCGAACAGCUCAAGCGUGCCAUCAUCGCGGCGACUCAGAGUAUCAUUGACGCUGAAGGCGACUUGACCGAGUGGGACACUAAAGUUGGUGAUGGCGAUUGCGGCCACACCUUGGCAACUGGCGCCAAGGCGAUUCAAAGUGCUCUUUCAGACUUCCCGCUCAAUGUUCCGUCCAUGACACUGGCCGAUAUUGCGCGCGCUGUUGGGAGUGCGAUUGGUGGUACAUCUGGAGUGCUGUACACGAUCUUUUUCACGGCGGCCGGUGCUAUGAUGCAGACCUUUGAUUCUAAGAACGAUGUCGUCGAAGUUCCUUUGCAAGCGUGGGUAGAAAGUUUUGCGGCGGGUGCCGGGGCGAUUGUGAAAUACGGCGGGGCGACGGAAGGCUCUCGCACGAUGCUGGACUCCAUGUUGCCUGCCAUUCGUGCGGCACGUCGUACGGACAUACCUCGAGCGGAUUGGAUUGAAGCUGUGAAGAACGCAGCGCUUGAAGGUGCCAACUCAACCAAGCGGAUUGCUGCCCAUGAAGCAUGUGGACGUACGAGUUACGUGGCCGAAGACCAUGUCAAAGACGUCCCAGACCCUGGUGCCAUGGCUGUUGCAAUCUGGAUUCAAGCAAUUGCACAAGCUUCACUAUAA